CGGAUUGACGAUGCUUUCGUGUGUCUUCUCUGUCGAUUCUUAUCAGGUCGGGAGAUAGGUUCUUCCCCCCCUUGCGAAUCGACGAGAUAAAAGUUAUGGAUUAGUCUUGCUCUUGUUUAGUUCCGUUUUCUUUCGAUUUGAUCCGGAAUUUAAGUGCCUGCUGAUUUUGAAGGUUUCGUCAGCUUCCACCGGAAUUGGGAUGAAUUGCAUGCAGUAUCAAGUUCUUGUCCCCUUUCCUUUGAAUUAUCUGGAAUGUUAUCCCGUUAAUCUUGGCUGCAACUUCGUGCGUUUGAUUUGUGAUUCGUGUGGUGGGAGUGCAGAGAUCUCUAGCUUGCGAAUCCAGGGUGCGCCGCCAUGGCCGAGCACCUCGCGUCGAUCUUCGGCACGGAGAAGGACCGCGUGAACUGCCCGUUCUACUUCAAGAUCGGCGCGUGCCGGCACGGCGACCGCUGCUCCCGCCUGCACAACAAGCCGUCUGUCUCGCCCACGCUGCUGCUCUGCAACAUGUACCAGCGCCCCGACAUGAUCACCCCGGGCGUGGACGCGCAGGGCAACCCCAUCGACCCCGUCAAGAUCCAGGGCGACUUCGAGGACUUCUACGAGGACAUCUUCGACGAGCUCAGCAAGCACGGCGAGGUCGAGAACCUGCACGUCUGCGACAACCUCGCCGACCACCUCAUUGGCAACGUCUACGUGCAGUUCAGGGAGGAGGACCAGGCCGCCAAGGCCCUCCAGGCGCUGCAGGGGAGGUUCUACUCGGGCCGCCCCAUCAUUGCUGAGUUCUCGCCCGUCACCGACUUCAGGGAGGCCACCUGCCGGCAGUUUGAGGAGCACAACUGCAACCGCGGAGGGUACUGCAACUUCAUGCAUGUCAAGGAGAUAGGCAGGGACCUGAGGAAGAGGCUGUAUGGGCACCUGCAUAGGUCCGGGAGGAGCCACAGCAGGAGCAGCCGGAGCCCGAGCCCCUACCGUCACCAUGCCAGGGACCGUGAUCGCUCCUCACGGUCUAGGGACCGCGGCGACUAC